AUGAGCUUCCACCCCUCAGCCGUUAAUGGUGAAAACCAAAUCCCAGUAGACGAAGAAGAACAACAAGUCUACAACAAUCUCGAUGAAAAGCUCGACAGGCUUCUUGCAACUCUCCCCAAAGCAAAAGGUUGGAGGAGCCCAAACAUCUUUCUGCAUAAAGGUUUUUGGUUGAGUCCCACAGUUUUCAAAGGCUUAUUAGCGAUCCACGAAUACUUCCAUCCCCAACCCACAGACAUCUUCCUGGCUGCUUUCAUGAAAUGUGGAACCACCUGGCUUAGAGCUCUCAUGUUUGCCACCGCCAACCGCCACCGUUACAAUCUUUCCGACCAUCCUCUUCAUCGCACCGGACCCCAUGGUGCUUUUCCUUCUCUUGACACCCAAAUUCUUGUUGACUUUCCGGUAACUAAGUUCGAUCAUCUCCCUUCUCCUCGACUGUUCGCCACACACUUUGCUCACGACUUGUUACCGACCUCCAUGACAGCACCCCGGUCGACUUGCAAGUUUGUGUACGUGUGUAGGGAACCGAAAGACGCACUCAUUUCCAAGUGGCACUUCAUGAACAAAGUUAGGUCGAAAGAACUCACCCCUCUUUUGUUCAAUGAAGCUUACGAGCUUUUCUGCAACGGGGUCUCCGAAUACGGACCUUUUUGGGAGCAUGUGUUGGGGUACUGGAAAGCAAGCCAGGAAUCACCUGAAAAGAUCUUGUUCUUGAAGUAUGAGGAUAUGAAGAAGGAACCAUCUGUGGAGCUGAAGAAGUUGGCGGAGUUCAUGGGAAUGCCUUUUACGGCGGCGGAGGAGGAGGGAGGGGUGGUGGAAGAGAUUGUGAAGCUGUGUAGCUUUGAGAAUUUGAGUAAUCUUGAGGUGAACAAGGAUGGUGUUCAGAAGUUUAACACGCAGUUGAUGGUGGAGAAUCGGGAUUUUUUCAGAAAAGGGAAGGUGGGAGAUUGGAAAAAUUAUUUGACAGAGGAGAUGAGAGAGCGGAUUGAUUCGAUCACUGAAACCAAGUUGAAGGAUUCUGGGUUGUCACUAGGUGUCACCAAAAUAACUUUGUCAUAA